AAAGCGCAGAGCGGCCCCUCGCCUCCAACGCGGACUUCCGGGUCAGCCCCGGCCGGCGGACCACGUGCGCUUCUCCCUCUGGCUGCGCUGCGGUCGCGGGAGGCUCCGGCCAGGCAGCCGCGGGCGCCGGGAUCAGAGGACUGCAUGGCCGAGCCGGGCCCCCCGAGCGAGCCGGAGCGCGCCCUGCGCCGCCGCCUGCCCCGCCGCCUUCCCCGUCGCCGGGGCGACAUCUACGUGAACAUGAAGACGGACUUCAGGGCGCAGCUGAGCCGCUGCCAGAAGCUGCUGGCGCCCGGCGGGGGCUGCGCCGAGCUGUGCAUCCACGGGCUGGGCCUGGCCAUCAACCGCGCCAUCAACAUCGCCCUGCAGCUGGAGGCCACGGGCGGCGGCACCCUCUGCCUGGCCGCCAACACCUCCACCGUGCAGCUGGCCGACGUCGCCGAGCCCGAGGGCGACCGGGACGAGCCGCUGGCCCGCGCCCGGCACAACUCCGCCAUCCACAUCCGCGUCCUGCGUGCCGUCCCCGAGUAGCCGGAGGGGAAGAGAAAGAGGAGGAAGGCUUGGGGACUCCCCCGCACUCUCAGUGGAGGGUCCCGAAAAGACUGGUGGAGGAGGGGGCUACUGGCUUCGGGUCUGGUCCGAGGCCCCUUUGUGUUCCCCCCAAAUAAACCCCCUGUGUACCAAUAAAGGAGAAUAUUUGUA